AUGGCUGUGAAUGAGACAAGUGACGUGGCUGAACUCGAAACAAGCACGUCAAACUCUAGCUUGGAUAGUGAAAGCUCAAAGGGCGAAAAAGGACUCCUGUGUCUAUUUAGUCGAGAAGAAGACGAGAACAGCUGGUGCCUGAUGGCCAAAGAUGAUGAGGUAAAUUCUCAAUCCUCCUCAUCUACUCAAAUAGAGUCUAGUUCUGGUAGUGAGGAAAGUGUUGAAUUUGGAAGAUGGAUGUUUUCAACAGAAAGUUCCAUGGAUUCGGUUGUAAAACUGAUGAGAGACUUUCAAGUUGUAAAAAACACAUACUCCAAGUUGAAAGAAGAAAACUCUCAACUUAUGAUCAGUUAUGAUGAGCUUAGACGCGUUAGAAUUAAAAACAUCGAGUUAGCCAUCGCUAAUGAUCAACUCGAAAAGAAAGUUCAUCUUCUUAAGGAGGAGUGCACAGAGAGAGAGUUACGGGAGCAAAAUCUACGAGAGGUCAUUGCAUCUUUCACUAAUUCAUCUAAGAUGAUAGAUCGAAUGGUGAAUGCAUCAAGACCACCAAGGGAAAAAGCUGGAAUUGGCUAUAACCCAAGCUCCUCAUCACAUAUCUUACUGAACAAACCUAUGGAUUCUUCUUCUAGUGGAGGUUUAAAAUCUAUGUUUGUUCAAGGACCAACCCAGAUGCCCGAGCCAAUGAAUCAUAUUGACAAGGGUAAGGUACCACAAAUUGCAAGCCAUUCUAAAGGAAAGGCUGUCCAAUGUGUUGUGGAACCAACAAAUGGAAAUUUAUCGAAAGGCAAUCCUAGACAUGUCAAUAAUGUCAAAAGGAAUGGAUCGAAAGUAAAUAGACCGAGUCUACAUUACAAAAAGGGUCAGCCUACGAGAAACAACCGUUUGAAGGUAAACCUUAAUGCUAAGCAGAGGCAAGUUCGUUCGGUGAAUCAACGCAGGGGUUAUUCACAUGGAAACCAGAAAAAUGAACGAAACGGGUAUGCUAAACCUGAGAGGUCACUUAGAAAACCAAUGAAAGGCGACGGAAGGAGUGGACCUUCUGAGGAAGACUGGCUUGUGUUCCCCGAACCUUUGUCGAAAGCAAAAUUCGAGAAGAUUCAUAGACACAAACAGAUUAACUAUUCUAAGGAUAACAGGGUCAUAUGGUACAUUGAUAGUGGUUGCUCAAGACAUAUGACAGGAGACAAAUCAAAUCUGAGCAAUUUUAAAGAAGUCGAUGGCACGAAAGUAAUAUUUGGAGGGGAAUCUGGUGGAAAAACGAAAGGAGUAGGAGACAUCAUCAAAAAUGAAAUAAUCAUUCGAGAAGUCUCUUAUGUUGAAGGAUUGAAGUUUAACUUUCUAAGCACUAGUCAAUUUUGUGACAAGGGAUAUAAAGUUGAAUUUUCAAAAGACAAAUGCAAUGUGAUCAGCACAGAGAAUGGAGAUAUCAUACUAUCUACUAGUCGAAAGAAAAAUAUGUAUGUUGUAUCUUGGAAGCUUUCUAAGGCAAACGUGUGUCUCAUGGCCAAGAGUAAUGCUGAUUUAAGUUGGGAGUGGUAUAGCAAGUUGAAUCACUUAAAUCUCAAGACAAUCAGGAAGUUAGCAAAAGGAAAUCUGGUAGAAGGCUUACCGAAAGUAUCAUACAUCAAGGACAAAAUAUGUGAUGCGUGUUAG